CGCGCGUGCAGUCCCGGUGCCGUGUCACCUGCUCGCUCCGUUUAAUCACCGACAUGAAGCGAGUCUCUCUCAGUUGUAAAAUAUUGGGUCUUAAUUAAGCUCCAGAAACACGUCCUGAGGAUGUCCAACUCCAGCUUGUCCAAUCACAGCUCAUUUCAUGGAAACCUGCACAGACCCGUGACCGUCUUCAGCGUCCUGACCUUCACCUUGUUGGCCAUGCUGGUUUUGGCGACAUUCCUAUGGAACAUGCUGGUACUUGUGACCAUCCUGAGGGUCCGCACUUUCCAUCGCGUUCCUCACAAUCUGGUGGCCUCCAUGGCCAUUUCGGAUGUCAUGGUGGCUGGACUGGUGAUGCCCCUGAGCCUUGUCCGGGAGCUUUACGGCCGCCGGUGGAUCCUCGGGAGAGCUCUCUGUCAAAUGUGGAUCUCCUUCGACGUGCUCUGCUGCACGGCCAGUAUCUGGAACGUUACCGCCAUCGCGCUCGAUCGCUACUGGUCCAUCACACGGCACCUCGAGUACACUUUGAAGAGACGCAAGAGGAUCUCCAACGUGAUGAUCGGACUCACGUGGAUGCUCUCCUCCAUCAUCUCCUUCUCGCCGCAGUUCGGAUGGGGAGAAACUUACUCGGAGGAAGAGCUGGAAUGCCAGGUGAGCCAGGAGCCGUCCUACACCAUCUUCUCCACCUUUGGCGCUUUCUAUUUGCCGCUCUGCGUCGUGCUGUUCGUCUACUGGAAGAUCUACAAAGCAGCCAAAUUUCGCAUAGGAUACAAGAAGAACAACACCGUUACUCCAGCUCCGGAGGCUGUCGAGGCCAAAGAGGCGACUCGGCAGCGUCCUCAGAUGGCGUUUACGGUCCGUCACGCAACUGUAACAUUCCAGACAGACAGUGAGACGUGGCGGGAGCAGAAGGAACGCCGCGCUGCGCUGAUGGUCGGAAUCCUGAUCGGCGUGUUCGUCCUGUGCUGGAUUCCCUUCUUCCUGACCGAACUGAUCACGCCGCUCUUCUCGUGGCACGUACCACCUGUCUGGAAGAGCGUCUUCCUCUGGCUUGGCUACUCCAACUCGUUCUUUAACCCGCUCAUAUACACGGCCUUUAACAAGAACUACAACAGUGCCUUCAGAAACCUCUUCAACAAGCAGCGCUGAUGUGAUGAACGAUCACGAUUUAACAAGAUGCUAACUUUAAUUAUUAUGUCUGCAUAAUAAGUUACUCAUACUAGCUUAGUUACUAAAUGCAGGAGGAGAACAUCACCCUGAGGGAGCUCUUCAGCUAGUGCUAAUGCUAAGUAGAAACGGAAACUAGCAAGCUAGCAAACCGGCAUGAGUGUG